AAUAAAAACGCUUUGGAGUCCGGACUUGUUAUUCACUGGAAAAAGCCGAAAGCGAGCCAACUAAAAGCAGCACCAAAAUUUCCCCAAAUUUCUUUUUUGCCUUUCCGCUUCUCCUCUGAACAAUUAUUUUCCGAUCAAUCCAAUGUUAGACACGAAUUCGUCUCACCGGAAAUUUUAAUCGCUUUUUUGUUUGUUUGUCGCUGUAAUUUAUCACUCUCCGGCGACGAAUUCGGUUUCCGGUGGCUGUGUCUUUGAGUUUGAUUUGCAAUGGGAACUGUGGUUGGAACUGUUGAGGACUGCAGGGAGAUGUUUGAGGGCAGUGCUCAGACAAGAAUCACACCAUUUUCUUCAACUAAUCAGAUUGGAAAUCCUGUUGCCUACAAGCUUGUCCGGGUUGCAGGAGAUGGGAGACUAGUGCCUGCAACCGAUGAAGAAAUUCUAGAGGUUAACGAGACGGAUAUGCAUAUUGCAUCAGAGUCUUGUCAGGCUGUUGGCUACCUUCCUGCUGAUGAGUUACCUUCUCGGUUGUCCCAGAUAGAAAGCUCUGAAGCUAUCAGUUCAGGAUUAUUGGAGUCUGACAAUGUGGAACCAUAUACAGACCAGUAUAACGAGGAGAUGUUGCAAAAGGUCGAACAGGAAGAGAGGCUUGACAUGACACAUGGAUCUCAGAUGCCUUCUACUCCUCCGGAUGCCAACAUUAAGUGUUCUAACGAAAAAGACUUGUUUGAUGAGGAUCAAGUCCACUGUGAAGCUUUGCUCCAGGAACCCGUUUCUUUCUCGUCAAAUGUUCAGAAUGGAUGCGAUAUGAACCAAUCUAACACGGUUGAAACAUGCUCCAACGCAGAAGCUAGUCCAAAAGAAACUGCAUUGCCUGCUGCUGCUCAAAAACCUGAUUUUUCUUUAGUUAGAGGCGAGAUCUGCUUGGAUAAUUUACCUAUUAAAGCACUGCAAGAAACAUUCAGGGCGACUUUUGGCCGUGAGACGACUGUCAAGGACAAGACGUGGCUCAAAAGGAGGAUUACAAUGGGACUUGUUAAUUCCUGUAAUGUACCAACAACUAACCUGACAAUUGAAGAUAACAAGCUAGUUAGAAAUCAAGAGAAGUCCAAUGAUGUGACUGAUGCUGUUAGCGAGGAUAUGGGUGAUGAUGUAAGAGCUACUAACCUGAAAGAUGCACCAUCUAGUACUGAUCAUAUGAAUGGAAAUCCAAAAGCUUCUGGCCAUAGUCUCAGUGUCAACCAUUAUUGCGCAUCUGAAGAUUUUUCUUGUGAAGAGAGGGCUGCAAAAAGAGUUAGGAAACCUACACGAAGAUACAUUGAAGAACUUUCAGAAAGUGAAAAACAGCAAAAUGACAAGUCAAUGAUUCCGUCAAAAGAUCAAAGGGUAUCUGAAAAACCUGAGGUCAGGUCUAUUAGCGUCUCCUCAGGGAAGAGAGUUACCGUCACCAGGAUGGUAUCACUUGCUGGAUCUGAAAUUGAGGUUCCUUAUGUUUCUCAUGUCCGGAGAAGCCGUCCAAGAGAGAAUAUUAUGGCUCUUAUGGAAUCUCAUUCGAGUUGCUUGGAGGCGAAAGCUAGUUCAGGAGAGAGUAACCGGAAUUUGAGCCCAUCUCAGUUAACCAGUGAGGUUGUGAACCGAGGUUCAAUGGUACAGUCUGCUUCUGUCCCGGUCCAAAAAGAAUUUGCUACAAGCCACAACAACAACGAGGAGCAUAUUCUCUCCGAGGUUGAUCAAGACAUGGAGCCAGAGCACAUGGACUCAUCUGGAAAUAGCUCGGAUGACAACAAUAACAUUGGCGCGCCAAUCAUGCAAAGUAGUGGACUUAGAAGGAAGCAUCAUCGAGCUUGGACUCUGUCCGAGGUUACAAAGUUAGUCGAGGGUGUAUCAAAGUAUGGAGCCGGGAAGUGGUCUGAAAUCAAAAAGCUUUCCUUUUCAUCUUAUUCAUAUCGUACCUCUGUAGAUCUCAAGGACAAAUGGCGAAAUCUUCUGAAAGCAAGCUUUGCUCAGAGUCCCUCAAACAACAUGGGAAGUCUCAAGAAGCAUGGAUCGAUGCACAUUCCUAUGCCGAUUCUGUUACGGAUAAGGGAGCUCGCGGAGAAGCAAUCACUGGUCUCACCAAUAAGCAAGGUUAUUCUGAGAUAGCAACAGAAAGGAAAAGGAAACAACUUCGUUGUAGUUGAGUUUUGUAAAAUAGCAACCAAGUAAGGGAGACAAGAACUGUGAGAUUAGAUACAGUUUCUGUAGGACUUGUAACUUUAUGAGGAAGCUUUGUGGGUUAUAUACGAGACACUAUAAAGAAGUCUCUCUUUU